CUCUCCGAACGGUUUUCACGCUCUUUCUGGUUCGGAGAAUGGCUGGUUUCUAGAUCUCUGAACCGCUCCUUACGCUCUCUGCUUUGAAGAACGGUUUUUACUUUGACUGUGGCUGGUGUCUAGCUUCCUGAACCGCACCUCUCCGAAUCGCUCCUCUCCCAACCGCUUCUCUCCGAAUCGCUUCUCUCCGAACCGCUUCUCUUCGAACCGCUCCUCUCCGAACCGCUCCUACGCUCUCUGGAUUUUACGUUGACUGUGUCUAGAGCGGGUUCGAGAAUGUGAGUUAGUAACCAGCAGCCGUAACUCGAGUACGGUGCACUCCGUAACCAAGAGCUGAACCGCAGUUGUCCGUAGUCCGGAACAAUGUCAAAGAAGUACACGAAUCCGGUGUCCAAGCACUUCGUCUACAACGAGCGGACGCGGAAAAGCACCUGCAAGAGGUGCCACUUCGACAUGGCAGGUCGCCACUCCGAGAAUCUGAUGCGGCACCUGAAACGCAAGCAUGAGGAUACCUACGACAGUGUGCUCGACGAGAAACGAGCAAUCCGUGCAGCACUCGCCCAGCAGCAAGCCAACAAAAAUGCAUCCAUUCCCGCAAAGAAAGUACAGGCCUCCAAGUGUCCAUAUCCAGCGACACGAAAAAAGACUUAUAUUUCCAAGGAUGAUGGAGCCCAGCACAAUGCCAUGGAAACCAAGGCGAUGGUGGACGAUGAGGAGACUGGGAAUGGGAGCGGAAACGGAAACAACAAGAGCAACGCCACAGACAGUCAGUUCGAGAACGUUUUCAUUGGCAAAUCGGAGAUACCCGAUGAGGAGUAUCAGUGGACAAACUCCGCGGAUCUGGCACUGGAGGCAGUCAACGUAACUGUGGCCACGAAGACCACUAAUACUACUACUACCACAGAAUCCAAUGCCAAGUCUACAGCUCGAGCGCCAUCUGCUGCUGCUCCGAAUUCUGGCGGGGACGAGGACUACUUCCUCCGCUAUCUCGGCAAUAAAUUGAGCAAAUACUCCACCCGCACGAGGAACACAGUCCAGUUUCACAUUAAUCGCAUCCUGUUCAAGGCGGACAUGGGUCGCUUUGAGGACACGGAUUCCCGGACUGACGAGGUCGACUACGACUCCCCGUAGUCCGUAGUCCAUGAGCUGUACAUAUGUUAUUUAACGCUUAGGUGUAAAUAAAUUAUUUUACGAGUUGUCACACACACA